AUGAAGAUAAUCUUAUUACUUCUGGUUGUCUGCAGUUUGCAAGACUCAUUGGCCUGUUUGUGUGCUUGGGAAACACCACAGGAGAAGUUCUGCAGAGCAGAUUUUGCCAUUCGUGGCCAGGUGACAUCUAUAGAAAACGUAUAUCCUUCUGCCGAGUCUACUCAACUCAGCCCAAAAAUACCAUUUGCUAUCAAGUAUCUUGUACUAGUGAAGAAGAUUUACAAAGGGGCAGAUCUGAUACCUGCGAAGAAUGUUGAAAUCUUGACAGCAACUUCAGAAAAUAUGUGCGGUGUCACAGAUCUUGAGGUCAACGGCAUAUACCUUCUCACAGGUCAUAUGUUUGAAGGAGAGUUCAAAAUAGGAAUUUGUGAUUGGAUAGAAAAAUAUGAUAACUUAACCAGCAGCCAGCGUAAGGGUUUGAAGACAAUUUACAACAAUUGUGAUGAUACUGUGUAUGUAGAGUAAAUAAUUCUACUCUGCUAUGAACCAUGCUAGGAAGUCUUUGAACUAGGAUGCUUCAGUCAUCUAUGAGGGCUACGAGACAAAUACAUUCAUGGAAAACAAACAAGAAAAGAGCAUAUGGAAUGGCGAAACAGAUUACAAAAAGU